AUGAGCAGAACAAAUUGCAGAUUCUAUGAAAACAAGUUCCCAGAGGUGGACGAAGUGGUAAUGGUUAAUGUCCAACAGAUCGAAGAGAUGGGUGCAUACGUCAAGUUGUUGGAAUAUGAUAAUAUAGAAGGGAUGGUUUUGUUGUCUGAAUUAUCCAGAAGACGUAUUAGAUCCAUCCAAAAGUUGAUCCGUGUUGGUAAGAAUGAAGUUGUCGUGGUGUUAAGAGUUGAUAAAGAAAAGGGUUAUAUUGAUUUGUCCAAGAGAAGAGUCUCUAGUGAGGAAAUCACCAAGUGUGAAGAAAGAUAUAACAAGAGUAAAUCGGUUCACUCCAUCUUAAGACAAUGUGCAGAAAAAUUUGACGUACCAUUAGAAUCAUUAUACGAAAAAAUUGGCUGGCCAUUGAGCCGAAAAUACGGCCACUCCUAUGAUGCUUUCAAGAUCUCCAUUACCGAUGAUGAUGUCUGGAAUGCUAUUGACCCAUCAAUUGACCAAAGCAUUUUGGAAGAACUAAAAGCUUACAUUUCCCGUCGUUUGACCCCACAAGCCAUCAAGUGUAGAGCUGACGUUACCGUCUCUUGUUUUAGACCUGAAGGUAUUGAUGCAAUCAAGCAAGCUUUGAGAGCCGCUGAAAACUUAUCCAACGACCAGAUGGAACUUAAAGCCAAGUUAAUUGCUGCCCCAUUAUACGUUUUGACCACCCAAUCUUUGGAUAAACAACAAGGUCUUGACUUGUUGCAAAACGCCAUUCAAGUGAUCACCACUGAAAUCGGAAAAUACGACGGUAUUUGUAAAGUUGACAUGGCUCCAAAGGCUAUCACUGCCACUGAAGAUCAAAAAUUGAAGGAAUUAAUCGAAGCCAAGGCCAGAGGUGAAAUCUCUGACUCAGAGGAUGAUGAGGAUGACGAAGAAGAAGACAACUGA